AUGGCGACUGACCUCAAGGAAACGAAAGGACUCUUCUUUGACGUUUACGCGACCUUAAUUGACUGGGAAGCCGGCAUUCUGCCGCAACUAUUAGAGCUUGCACCUUCUCCGGAGACACCUGAACUGAAGAAACAGUUGUUUCACGCUUAUCAUGAGUACCAAAAAGAGAUCUGGGCCUCCGAACCAACACUGAAAUAUCCUCUGGUGUUGGAACGAGUGUACGCACGCGUAGCUCAGGACCUGGGCGUUUCCUUCUCACCAGAUGCGCAACGGGCAUUCGGCCAUAGCAUUGGCGAAUGGCCAGCGUUUCCAGACACAGUAAAAGCCCUAGAGCGCCUGGCGAAGCAUUACAAGCUCUUUGUCUUGAGUAACGUCGACAACGAGUCUUUUGAAAGGACACGCCGCGGACCGCUGCAAAACGCGCACUGGGAUGGGAUAUAUACCGCCGAGACGAUCGGGUCGUACAAACCUGAUCCGAGGAACUACGAAUAUGUGGUAGAGAAGGCUGCCAAGUUCGGCAUCGAGAAAUCCGAGUUACUUAUCGUUGCACAAAGCCUGGAGUUCGAUCAUGUCAUGACCAAAAAGCUGAACUUCAAGCCUGGCGUUUGGAUUGCCAGAGGAGGUUCAACCAUGGGUGGACAUCGCGAGGAAUUGGAACAAGAAGGUCUCAUUGACAUUGCUGGUGCUUAUGACAAGCUCUCGGAUUUCGCUGACGCUGUUGAGAAAGCGUUCUCCUGA